AUGAUAGGGAGUCAGACUGCAGUAGCAGCUGCAUCCAUCGAGGCUGGACUUGGAGAGGUUACAGUUGGGAUUGGGAUUACAGAAUCAAUGACAUCCGCCGGGGCAUUUGUGGGCGUAGUACCGACGGCGACGCAACUUGCUUCUGCGGCUUCUUCAGUGUCUUCAGGCUCUAUACGUUCCUUCAGAAGCGUCAUAAGUAGCGCAACAUCUGCCGUCGCAGAAGCACCUACCGAGGGCAUACGCACAUUAGGGAAUGUGUCUUCCGGACUUGUAAGAGAGUACAUGGCUGCGCCACACGUUAUACAAGUGAGAUCAACACCUAUUGGAGCAGAGUUGGAUCCUACUAUAUCUGCAGCAGUCGCCGCAAUACCAUCCGCAGGCAAUGGCCGC